UGCUCAGAGAUGCUGACAAGACAGAGGCUGUAUGAGGGAGGAAGGACACUGCCUGAGCAGAAGGAGCGUAUUCUCAGGAGAAGGGGCCUCCCCACACCAUACCAAGCAUAAGGCCACUGGGAAGAUCCCCACCUGCAAGCCAGCCCGGCCUUCCAGGGAGAGAACGGGCCUCCUCAUCUCCUUCAUCAUGAACUGGCACAUGAUCAUCUCGACACUUAUCGUAGGGGUGCUUAAAGUUGUUGGAAUGACCUUAUUUCUGCUUUACUUCCCACAGAUUUUUGGCGAAAAUAAUGUCAACGUCGUUCCUACAGAUGUUAACCUCGUUCCUACACAUGUCAGCCUCAUUCCUACAGAUGUCAACCUCAUUCCUACACAUGUCAGCCUCGUUCCUACACAUGUCAGCCUCGUUCCUACACAGAGCUAUGGAACAGCCUGCCCCAGAGGGUGGUAUUUUCAUCAAGGAAGAUGUUAUUUCUUGUCCAUAUCGGAAUUGCCUUGGAACAAGAGCGUGGAAUCCUGCAAAGCAAGAGGAUCCACUUUGGCCAUUGUCGACACGCCCGAGAAACUGAAGUUUCUCCAGGACAUAGCUGGUGCUGAGAAGUAUUUUAUUGGCUUAAUGUACCAAGGUAAAGAGAAAAAGUGGCGUUGGAUCAACAACUCCCCGUUUAACGGCAAUGUUACCAAUCAGAUUCAGAAUUUCAACUGUGUGACUAUCGGCCUAACAAAGACAUUUGAUGCUGUGUCCUGUGACAUCCCCUACCGCUCAAUCUGUGAGAAGAGUUCCAAUUGAUUGUAGCUCUCUGUGACCUCUGACAAGAACAAAAAAUAAUACUUAUGGAGACAGCAAAAGAGAAUACUGGCAAUUGGGACUGGUCCAGGAAGCACAGAACAUCAAAUUAUUCUGUCAGUCAUCCACAGGUCACUGGCAGAGCUCCCUAACGAAUCCUCAGGGGCUAAAACACCAGCCCUCCCACAAGUAUGCCUGCAUGCACACAACUGAGGCCAACUCUUCAUUCUGAGCCAGCAAGUCUCCAAGACCUAAUUUCCUGUGAGGCCCACAUCUGUGCCUUUGGAUCUGCACAGGUCAUCUGGUCAACGAUCCCUUUAUCCCUCUGUCUACUAGCAGAAGUCCUUGCCUGUUUGGGGAAAUGAGCAUCUAUACUCCACUUUGGGAGACUGGAUACUAACCAUCUCCAGGAGACAGGGUCAGUUUUUUGGAGACAACUCAGUAGUUUGCAGAUGAGGUCUGCUUCUAUAGAACUGAGAACUUCUGACCAAUCGGCAGGGUUUGUUUUGUCCUCAGAGCACACGACCAGGCUCCCAGGGAGAAACUGCAGACCGAGUGGGUGUGAACAUUAUUUAGAGAACAGCAAGGGUGGAAGAGGUUAACACAUAGCUCGGUGAGCUCACCGAGCUCUGUUCCCAAGAGACCCCUGCUCACGUGUCCCCACCUCUGCCUGGGGAGGGACAGCAGAGGCCCUUGUCAGUCUGAACUGAGGCCAAGCCUGGGAAUGGGCUUGAGAGCUGAACUCGGAGCAGAGAGAACACUGCUCACAGGAAUGGAGAGGGCGCUGGGCAGGGCAGGAAUCUGCCAGAAAGCCCCUUGGAAGUCAGCCUGACAGCCAGGGUGACCAAGCUUCAGGGAACCAAAUCUGUGUUCUUCCGCAACGUACUGAAGACACCCCAGCCAACCAUUUUCUUGAUCUUAGCCUAAAUCUCCAUUUUAAUGGAUUUUGAUUACCUGACCAUGUCUGUUGAGUAUAUUUGAAGAAUUUGGAGUAGUGUCCGGGGCCCCAGUGGUCACAACACAUUCCUGCCUGCAGUUCUAGAGAGACUUGGCUGCCAGGUGCGAACAGCCUACUGACCCAAAGAUGCCGCAGCCUUGCAGGAAGACAUCAGUGCAUGAAAAAGAAAAAAGAGAUGCCUGUGUGUUGUGAGUAACAAGAAUUAAACCAUAAGGGGAGACUGUAUAAAACUAAAGGAAAUUAUAAUCACUUAAGUAAACUGCUCACCAUUUAUGUCUAACAACAAUGUACUACAAUGAUUGUGUAUAUCACUAUAUGUAUGUCAAAUUAAAUCGUUGACAGGUUUAUAUUUUAUUACAA